AUGCGCGCGCGCCCGCUGGCGUACGCGCUGCGCGCGCCGGUGGAGCGCGCGUUGGACCAGCUGGAGCGGGAAGGUAUUAUCACACCGGUCGAGACUUCAGACUGGGCCACGCCGAUUGUACCGGUAGUGAAGCGUGACGGAGUGGUCAUUGACUCAACAUCAAAAUGGCUAGAAGUAAAACAAAUGACAAGGACGACGGCGGAGGAGGUCAUCAAAGUUUUAAGGGAGAUGUUUUCGCAUUUCGGCCUACCUAAAAUGAUGGUAUCAGACAAUGGCCCUCCUUUCACUAGUGCUGAACUGGCCAAUUUUAUGCAAUUGAAUGGCAUAAAACACACCUACUCCCCGGCGUAUCAUCCGUCCUCCAACGGGGCCGCGGAAGGCGCAGUUAAGCUGGUCAAACGAACAAUUUUGAAGGCUCUACGCGAUAACCAAGACGUGGACACGGCGCUUCAGUCAUAUUUACUGGCAUACAGGAAUGCUAUCUACAGCAGCACGGAGGAGUCGCCGGCUAGGUUGCUGCAGCGAAGAGGUUUACGCACGAGAUUGGACUUACUGCGCGCUGACGCUGGCGCCGCGGCACGCGACAGCUUCUCCUCCAAGUCACAGGCAUCAGGGGAUCCAGAAGAGCAGGGAGCCUGCCUCUUCCAGGAGUCAGCACGCGAGCAGCUCGCGCACAUCGCGUCGAGCGUCCCUCCACAGGUACCUACUUGCUUCGCCGCUAGCUGGAACACCGUGACGCCUCUACUUCGGGAUGGGGAGCUGCAUGUGGAGAGGAAACUGCAGGUGGUCCUUGGUCCAUAG